UAGGGCUGGUGGUAUAUCCCCGAUAUUUAAGAAGGCUUAUAAGGUCGGGUGACCUUUUGAUCCAACAGGUAAAAACACUUACUGACCCUAAGAAGUUUACUAGGUGGUCGAAAAAUAUUCCAGCUUUAGGUGGAAAUAGAUAUCAAAAUGAACGAAAAGGUAAUAUGGUUGUUUAAUAUCGUUUUGUUUGUCCGCUCUCAGUUUUUGGACGAUUUUCAAAGAAGCCUUUGCAGGGAACGAUGGAAGCGAAUGGACUGGCAACAAAUACUUAGGCCGUGUAAAGAAAACCUUGAAUUUGGAAGCAGUAAAUGGAAGGAUUCGCUGCGAACGAGUCCAAGCUAUAGCCAUGUGUUGAAUAUGGACAUAAAAAAAGCAGGAGAAUUUAGCAAAAUAGCCAUACAAAGUCGUACUGCAGAGGGCAGAGAAAAAUCGAUCGGUGGAGAUGUUUGGAGAGUUUUCAUCAGCGGGCCUUCAAACAUUGCACCAUUUGUAAGUGAUCUAGAGAACGGUGUGUACGAGGCAACAUUUCUAGCAAUGGAACCAGGCUUUUAUAAGGCGAAGAUUUAUUUAGAAUCAACGCUAUGCGAAGGAUUGAAAGACCCUCCACGGGAAGUACUAAAACGAGGUAUAAAACGAGAUGGUACAGAAACACAGUACUCGAAAGGACGAGUUUGGCGACCGAUCCGUGGUGACGGGGCAUCGUUCAAAGUUGAAGCAAAUGACAAGAUGGACAAACGAGAAAUACAGAAGCGUUUGAACAGAUGGAAAGACUCUUGUGGUGCUAAUUACAAGUGUGACCUUCUCUGGAACGGGUUUGGACGCUGGGUAAACAAAACAUGGAAGCCAUACAUCGAAGAUUUGAAAAUUCCCGGAUCUGAGGAGCAAGAAAUAUUUGGCAAAGAAUGUAUAAGGAAGACCAGUGGAAAGAUGAUGAUGUACGGCGACAAUUUUGCAAAGAGCUUUUUUGACUCGCAGUCAACAGCGUCCCUGUUCAACAAUAUUUUUGAAAACGUGACAAUGUCCUACAACGGGGAUCUUUCAAGCAGGGGCGACAUCGCAGCGGCUUCAAAAGACUUUUCAAUAAAGGCCGAGUUAAAGAAACUGCAAGAAAUCACUAGGAGGUCUGAAAUGGACGAAAGGAGUGUAUUGCUGCUCAACUACGGUCUUCCCUACUUAGAAAGAAUGCCAUUCGGUGCAUACAAAAAGAUGAUGGAUAGGGUGGCGAGAACGCUUGAUGGGUACAAAGGACAAGCUGUAUGGAGAACUACUGCAUCGUUUCAGAAACAAACUCCAGAUGCUGUGAAAGCUUUUGAAAGUUUUCAGCGCACAAAACUGUUCAACGCAUAUACAUUGGCAAAAAUGUGCUCCGAAGGCUACCCUGCGGUGGAUAUCUCUGACAUGACGGCAUCAACACCAAACCAGCCUUCAGAUGCAAGUGGGUUCGACUUUUCCGUGGUCAAACCAAUGGAGAAAGCCUUGAAAGGGUACUUUCAAACACGAACAAGCAAAAAAUGCGAGCGCGAAAAAGUCUUUAAAAAAGUCAAGGUUGAGGCCAAUGUUGAUUUGAAGUCACAAAUGGAUUCAGAGAGUGGUUCAGGAAGCGGAGGAGGAGCUUAUGAAAAUGAGGGUAUAAAACAAGUCAAUGCCUCUUCGACAUACACACAACAGUCAGUUCAUUAGUAAAUAUAUACCUAACAUUUAUCAACUAAAACACUAAGGCUUGGUUCAAACGUCGCGCUUCUCAUGUGCCGAACCUAACUCGAGAAUUAAGUACAUGAGGGGCGCGACGUUUGAAUCAAUUUGGUACGGCAGAUUUAGUUAGGAGCGGCAGAGCUUGCCGAGCUGCACGGCUCCAGCACGGCACGGUUUCAAGCGUCGAACUUGUCAUGUACCGAACUCAAUGCAUAAUUAUAUUUAAUUUAUUUUCCUUCCCAGAAUUCAUUUCUUUCUUGGAGGGCGCAUGCGUUUCAAACAAAUAUGUGAGAUUGCGCGCCUUAACAAAGAUACUUCAUGUAACAAUCCUAAAACCCAUUUGGCGCGACAUGAUUAAGUUCGACGUUUGAAACCAGUGUCGCUCCAAACAGAGUUAGGUUCGGCACAUGAGAAGUGCGACGUUUGAACCAGGCCUAACCAACUUUCUUUUAAUGUUGCUGUAAAUUGUAGUUUAAUGGUUUUUAAAAAAUCGUUUGCACAAGA